AUGCGACUCCCUGGCCCCCGCGAGCUCCUCCUCCUGCUGCUGCUCGUCGCCGGCCCGGCGCAGCUUGGCGCCCAGGUCAGUGUCCCCCGCCUCCAGGCCGGUGCGCGGACCUGGGCCGCCUCCCUGGAGGCGCGGGCGGGGGGCUUGGAGCGACCGGGGGCUGAACUGCGUUUCAGGGACAAGCGCCAGACCCACCCGUCCUCCCGCUGGUCACCGCGCAGCCCCUCGUCCCGGCCCUGGGGGUUCCGCUGGGGUCGGGGUCAUAUUGCCCACCUGCUUUUAAAAAGCCCGAGGGACAAAGAAAAACUUGACAAAGGCACAGAUUUAGAGCAUAAUUUAGAGUGCAGAGUGGGGACAUCUUGGAGUGAAGGCCAUCAUGGGUGGUGGUCCUUCUGUCCCCAGAGCUGCCUCAACAAGCAGCAGGUCCUCACGGCCAUCCGCCAGUUGCAGCAGCUGCUGAAGGUCCAGGAGACCCGCUUCGCCGAGGGGCUCCGCAACGUGAGGAGCCGGCUGGCUGCGCUCCAGAGCUCUGCCAACAGAGUGGGUCCCGACAGCCCCCCAGUUUCCUGCCCCGCUCUGAACGCCCCUCGAGACGGCAGGAAGUUUGGAAGCAAGUACUUAGUGGAUCACGAAGUCCAUUUUACCUGCGACCCCGGGUUCCAGCUGGUGGGGCCUGGCAGUGUGGUGUGUCUUCCCAACGGCACCUGGACCGGGGAGCAGCCCCACUGCAGAGAUAUCAGCGAGUGUGCCAGCCAGCCUUGCCAGCAUGGCGGGACGUGUUUAGAAGGAGUCAACCAGUACACGUGCAUCUGCCCUCCAGGAAGGACCGGGAGCCGCUGCCAGCACCAGGCCCAGACUGCCGCCCCCGAGCGCCAGGCGGACGACCCCGCCUUCAGCCGCGCGCCCCGCUGCGCGCAGGUGGAGAGGACCCGGCACUGCAGCUGCGAGGCGGGUUUCCAGCUGAGCGGCACCCCGGGCGGAGACAGCGUCUGCCAGGAUGUGAAUGAGUGUGAGCUCUACGGGCAGGAGGGGCGCCCCCGGCUCUGCAUGCACACCUGCGUGAACACACCUGGCUCCUACCGCUGUGCCUGCCCCAGCGGGUACCGGACCCUGCCCGACAGGAAGAGCUGUGAGG